AUGGGACUCCGAUUUCUUUGCAGGUCUAAACGUACAUUUGACCUGAUACCAAUACUGUCGGAGGAGGAACUUGCGGAUGAUGCACAGAGACCAUCCAGUGCAGAUGAACAAGUUCAUAAACAAUCUGACCAACCAGACGGACAGCAAGGGGAUUUGGGGAAACACCAAACUGAUGAUAAAUCACAAAAGCAGAUUGAAUUGUACCUGGAGGGCUUGAGUGCUGCUGUUACGGCGGAGAACUUGCGGACCCACUUUUCACACUAUGGUGAGGUGCUGGCUGUGGAUGUGCCUGUAGGUCUCUCAUCUAAUAGGCCCUAUGGACAUGGAUGCAUUACCCUGCGGCUGACAGUUAAUGAAAGCCAACUGUUUGAAGCAGAACAUGUUAUAGAUGGACUCACGAUAAAGGUUAAGGAGCGGCGUUUGUCGGAUAAUUUGGAAAAUACCUCCGUAAGGUAG